AUGGCAAACAAUCUGUUCAUGGAAACCAAGAUUCUAAACCCUAAUACGUCCUAUCUAAGUUUUGGGAAACCAAAAUCUGAUGGUAGCUUGAACGAUCACAACAUGAGCGACGAAGAUGAACCAAGUUUCAUGGAAGACGGAAGUGGGGCGAAAGGUAGAAAGGGAAGUUCAUCACAAUGGCAGCGAAUGAAAUGGUCAGAUAGCAGAGUCAGACUUUUGAUCCAGAUCGUGGCUUCUGUCGGAGACGACGAUGGCGCCAUUGACGGUGGUUCAACUCGGAAAUCCUCCGGAUGCUUACAGAAAAAAGGAAAAUGGAAAUCUGUUUCAAAAAUCAUGGUUUCAAAAGGAUGCCAAGUUUCACCACAACAAUGCGAGGACAAAUUCAACGAUUUAAACAAAAGGUACAAACGAUUAAACGAUAUUCUUGGAAGAGGAACUUCAUGUAGAGUUGUUGAAAACCCAUCUAUAAUGGAUUCAAUCCCACGUUUAUCUCCAAAAAUGAAAGAAGAUGUGAAAAAGAUCUUGAGUUCAAAGCAUCUUUUUUACCCAGAAAUGUGUGCUUACCAUAAUGGUCAAAAGAUCCCGAAUUGCACAGAACUCGAGUCAUCACCCAUUGUGGGGCAAUCUUCAAAGGAUGAUGAUUCAGAUCAUGAGGAUGAUGAUGAGAGUGAAGAUGAUGAUGAAAGUGAAGAUGAUGGGGAAAGAGAAAAAGGUAACACUCAUAAUGUAAAUGUAUUUUUUGAUGAGAUGAAUGAGUUUUUUGAAGAUGUUAAGAAUUCCAAAGUGCAAAAGAAAGAAUGGGUUAUGAAGCGAAUGGUGUUGUUGCAUGAACAAAGAAUUGGGAUUGAAAGUGAAGCAUUUGAGAUGGAGAAAAGGCGGUUUAAAUGGCAGAGAUUUUGUGAUAGGAAAGAUCGUGAGUUGGAAGUUUCAAGAUUGGAGAAUGAGAGAUUGAUGUUGGAGAAUGAGCGAAUGACGUUGCAAUUAAAGCGUAAGGAUCAUGUUAUGGAUUCAGUUAGCAGCUAG